CUCAAGAUUGAGAGUUCUUUACAUAGCAUAGGUCACAAACGACGUCGGUUCUGCGUGUUCCUAGUCAAGAAAACAUAAACCUCUUUUCAAUUCCACAGGAGGGUUUUAGUUAAAAUCACUUCCCAGCUCCAUUUUUUUCAGUUUUUCUUCUACCUGUGGAGUUCAAAAAUUCAGUCAGGCACAAAAGUCAUUGCUUCUACACAACUAGACAGGUGCGUUAUUCAAUCCCCAUGUUUAAUUGUCUCUACAAAACCAUUCUAAAUGGUGAGAAACACAUUACUAGUAGAUCUCCAACACCAAUUCACAAACUGGGUUUUCUUCAAAACCCAUCUUUAUCCUUGAAAUACUAUGUCUCCAGCACUUCAAGUCAGCAACCAUUUGCUGUCUCUUACCUCAUAAACUCACUUGGGUUCACACCAGAAACUGCUUUAUCAGCUUCCAAAUAUGUUCAUUUCGAAACCCCAGAAAAAGCAGAUGUUGUGGUUAAGUUUUUGAAGAACCAUGGGUUCUCUCAAACCCAGAUCUCAAACCUUAUUAGAAGAUGCCCAGGACUGCUCAAAAGUAAUCCUGAGAAAACCCUUUUGCCCAAAAUGGAAUUCUUUUCCUCUAAAGGGAUUCCAAGUCCUGACCUGGCAAAAAUGUUUAGUGGGUUCCCUGAUCUUUUUAGAAGAAGCUUAGAGAAACAAAUUAUCCCUUCCUUUGAUUUGUUUAAAAGUUUGCUUCAGUCUGAGGAUAAGACUCUUCAAGCUUUACAGCGAUGUCCGGGUAUGUUUACAUAUUCUCUUGAAACUUAUGUGGUGCCCAAUAUUAAUACAUUGAGAGAGAGCGGAGUGCCUGAGUCGUUUAUCAUUUCUAUACUUCAAAAACAGCCAAGAGCAUUCAGGGUUAAUCCUGUUCAGUUUAGAGAGGCUGUGGAGAAAGUAAAAGAAAUGGGAUUUAAUCCUUCGACGAUGAAGUUUACCACGGCAGUACAUGCUGUGCGGUCAAUGAGCAAAUCGACAUGGGAAAGGAAGUUCAAUGUUUAUAAGAAAUGGGGUUGGACUGAGGAUGAGGUUUCUAUGGCAUUUAGAAUCCAACCAUGGUGUAUGACAGUGUCUGAGGAAAAGAUUAUGAGGGUAAUGGAUUUUCUUGUCAACAACAUGGGUAUGGAGUCUUCCCUCAUUAAGAAACACUCAGUACUUUUUUCUUUGAGCUUGGAAAAGAGAUUGAUUCCUAGGGGUUUGGUUCUUCAAGUUUUGCUAUCAAAAGGUUUGGUGAAGAAGAAUUUUCAAAUGCAUGCGUAUUUUGAGUGCCCUGAAAAGACAUUUUUGCAGAAGUUUGUUAUGAUUCAUGAGGAUGAGGCUUCUGAGCUGUUGAAGCUAUACAAGGGAUCAUUGGAUUCUUCAAAAUGAGAAGAGAAUAACCUUUUUAAAUUACUUGCUUUAGUUGAGCUCCAAGAAUGCAAUUAUCCCAUAUCACUUUUUUAUUGGUAAUGUGAGUUAUCUUUUAUUUGUUUGAACAUUGUAGCUCGAGUUCAAAAAUGCAUAAUCAUCUGCUAGGCUAUCGUGAUCUGUUCUUGCUUUAUAAAUGGGCAUAAUUCUGCAAAUAGUUCCAUGGCUGAAA